AUGCCGAAUCACUCCAACACCAAGUACCUGGCAGCAGUUCCUGCCCGUCCCCCAGCUCUGGUUUAUAGCCCCGUGUGCCGCGCCCGCCCGUACCGCCUGUCCUCCCCCUCGCCACCCCACGCCCCCCCCUCCGCCGCGGCGUGGGCCGUGCCGCCGGUGCGACACCGCAAAGUGCUCAUCCUCGGGUACCGCGCCGUGGGUCAAACCUCCCUGGCUCACCAGUUCGUGGAGGGGAAGUUCGUGGAGUGCUACGAGCCCACGGUGGAGAGCACCUACAACAAGGAUGAGUUCCAGCUCCAGCUGGUGGGCACGGCCGGGCAGGAGGAAUACGCCAUCCUGCCCCACUCCUUCAUCAUUGGCGUCCACGGCUACGUCCUGGUGUACUCGGUGACAUCCCUGCGGAGCUUCCAGGUGGUGAAGACCCUUCACAAGAAGCUGUAUGAGAGCUGGGGGAAGACGCGGUUGCCCGUGGUGCUGGUGGGGAACAAGGCGGACCUGUGCUUGCAGAGACGGGAGGUGAGGACGGAUGAAGGGAAGAAGCUGGCAGAGUCGUGGGGCGCCGUUUUCCUCGAGUCCUCAGCCAAGGAGAGCCAGGUGACCCAGGAGGUCUUCAUGAAGAUCACCAAGGAGAUGGACUGGGUGGACAGCUCUUACAGCAGAUCCACCGGCUGCCGCCUGAUGUGAGCCCUGCCCGG